CUAGAUUUUUAGUUUAAUCCGAUUCUCCCCUGUUCUCCAUGUUCGUCGCCUUUUUAAUUGUUUCUUAUGAUAUUUUGAAGAGACAAAUGACUGAUAUGGAGGAAGAUACAGGACUACCUACUAAUGGAAAGGACUUGUCAAAGCCUGCGAUAUAUAUGCGUUUUUCUUCUAUCGAAGAGGCGGAGAAUUACUACAAAGAAUAUGGAAAUAGGUUGGGAUUUUCGGUUCGUAAGAGGUCGUCAUACGCUACUGCACGAGGACCACUUAUAACUAGAGUGAUUUUUGUCUGUGAUUGUGAAGGAAUUUAUGUAGAAAAGCCUCCACGAAAUGAGGUCGAGCUUAAAAAAAAAAGAAAUACCUCAACAAUGAAGACUGGUUGCAAGGCUAUGAUACGUAUAGCUUUUGACAUAAAACAUAAAAUGUGGUAUAUAAAUGAGUUUAUCGAAAAACACAAUCAUCCAUUGAUUUCUCCUAACAAGCGACAUCUUAUGAGGUCAAACAAGUAUAUGCCACCUGCUGCCAGGUGCUUAGCUGAGCAAUUUAACAAACAGAGGCUCCCAGUCGGGAAGGUAGCAUCGCUCUUUGGGAACGGCGAGAAUAUCGGAUUCACGCCAAGAGAUGUCUAUAAUCACUUGAGAACAGUUAGAGAAUCGCUAAUAGAGGUAGGAGAUGCAGAAGCUUUGAUGAAUUAUUUUAGGAAAAGAACAAUUGAAAAUCCUAGUUUUUACUAUGCCUUCAAAACUGAUGAAGUUGGGAGGGCAGCAAAUAUAUUUUGGGUUGAUGCACGUUGACGAAUGGCCUAUAGAAGGUUUGGAGAUGCAGUUUCAUUUGAUACUACGUACAAGACUAAUAGGUAUUCUAUGCUGUUUUCUCCAUUCACAGGUACAAACCAUCAUCACCAAUCUGUUACAUUUGGCUUUGCAUUGUUAGGUGAUGAAACCAAAGACACUUUUAUUUAGGUUGUUUAGGACAUGGCUUGAAGCAAUGGGAGGUCGUCCUCCAAUUUCUAUACUUACUGACCAACAUCAAGCCAUGACCAUUGCUGUUGCAAAAGUUCUCCCGAAUACUCGUCAUCGUUUUUGUUUGUGGCACAUAAGAAGAAAUUUGGAGAAAAAUUAAGUCAUGUAUUUUUUAAGAAAUCAAAAUUCAAACGAACUGUGAAGGAGGUUACUCUUUUUACAUAAACCAUUGAAGAUUUUGAAAACAAGUGGCAGUCCAUGUUGGUGGAUUUUCACUUGACAGGAAAUGAAUGGCUUGGUGAUUGGUAUAUCAUUCGUGAAAAAUGGAUAUCGGUAUAUAACAGGGGCACUUUUUUUGCUGGGAUGAAUACAACGCAGAGAAGUGAAAGUAUUAAUUCUUUCUUUGAUCAUUAUGUAAACUCUAGGACUUCCCUAAGAGAAUUUGUUGAAUGUUGUGAUUAAGCAUUGGAACGAAUGUAUAUCCGAGAACGAGAGGAAGAUUUCAAGUCUAUUCAUCUGAAGCGUGUAUUUAUUUCUCGCGAUUUAUUGGUAAGGCAUGCAUCUGAAGUUUAUACUCGUGUUAUAUUUAAUAAAGUUCAGGAUGAGUAUAAUGCUACUUUACAAUAUCGAUCUGAAAUACUUAACA